AGGGAGAAAUCCAAAGCGACCAAUUGCCACAGGCCGACAGGCGACAGCCAAAACUUCCAUGUACAAUAUUAUCCAAGUUAUAUAUAUAUAUAAGUGGCAUCAGACCACCAUAUUCAAGCACACCGUACCCUAAAAGCUAAAAUACUUGUACGUGAGGAUGAUAUCUCCCAUUAUCUUCAUCUUUUCUCUCCUGCUUUCCUCUGGCCAUGCUGCUGUGCAGGACUUCUGUGUCGCUGACCUCACAGCUCCUGAAAGCCCCGCAGGCUACGCUUGCAAGAAGCCUGAAAAUGUCACGGUGGCUGAUUUUGUUUUCUCCGGCCUAGGCGUUGCCGCUAACACCUCAAAUUUUAAUAAAGCUGGAGUCAUCCCGGCAUUUGUGGCGCAGUUUCCUGGUGUGAACGGGCUUGGACUUUCUUUCGCUCGUCUGGACAUGGCGCCUGGUGGAGCUACGCCGAUCCACUCACAUCCUGGAGGUUCAGAAGCCGUAUAUGUUGUGAAAGGGAGAAUCACCGCUGGGUUUGUUUCCAGUAACGCUAAUAAAGUUUACCUUAAAACUCUUAAGAAGGGUGACGUCAUGGUUAUUCCACAAGGAUUAUUGCACUUCCAAGUGAAUGCCGGGCGAUUUCCAGUCCAAGCAUUUGUUAGCUUCGGUAGUGCAAACCCAGGUGUCCAGCUUCUGAACUUGGCUUUGUUUGGAAACGAUUUGCCCACUGAAAUUGUGGCAGCAACAUCUCUCCUUGACGUUCCUCAGAUUAAGAAGCUUAAGGCCUUUCUUGGUGGCACUGAUUAAUUAUUAUAAGGUCUUUGGAGAUCUACCAAUUCGAUCUUAUUAAUUACUGCUCUUUUUAUUGCUUUUAGAAGUUUAAUUUGACGAAUUCUAUGUUAAUUUAAUUCUGAGUGCCUUCUAACUUUUAAAGCAACAAUUCUGUA